CCAGUCUUCUUGCAGCGGGCGAGCGGCCGGCUGCGUGUUGCAGUGCGCGGUACGAAUCAACACACGCGAGUUCGCGGUCAUAGGCUCGAACGAACAUCGAAUCGACGGUCAGUGCGGUGACCAUGAUGAUGGACAACGGGGUGAUAAACAACUAUGACGGGUUGUACCCGGACGGUUACAUGGAACAAGAGGAGGAGUGGGAGCGUGAGGGUCUCCUAGACCCGGCCUGGGAGAAACAACAGAAAAAGACAUUCACAGCAUGGUGCAACAGCCACCUAAGAAAAGCUGGCACCGGCAUCGAGAACAUCGAGGACGACUUCCGCAAUGGCCUGAAGCUCAUGCUGCUGCUGGAGGUCAUCUCCGGCGAGACUCUGCCCAAGCCCGACCGUGGCAAAAUGCGAUUCCACAAAAUCGCUAACGUCAACAAGGCGCUCGACUUCAUCGCCUCAAAAGGUGUGAAGCUUGUGUCAAUUGGUGCCGAAGAAAUCGUCGAUGGUAACCUUAAGAUGACUCUUGGUAUGAUUUGGACCAUUAUUCUCCGCUUCGCCAUCCAAGACAUCUCAGUUGAAGAAAUGACCGCAAAGGAAGGUCUGUUGCUCUGGUGUCAACGUAAGACAGCGCCGUACAAGAAUGUCAAUGUCCAGAACUUCCACCUGUCGUUCAAGGACGGUCUGGCCUUCUGUGCCCUCAUUCACAGGCACAGGCCAGACCUCAUCGACUACAGUAAACUCUCCAAGGACAAUCCCCUCGAGAACUUGAACACCGCUUUCGACGUAGCCGAGAAAUAUCUCGACAUCCCCCGCAUGUUAGACCCUGACGACCUAAUAAACACGCCCAAGCCGGACGAGCGCGCCAUUAUGACCUAUGUGUCGUGUUACUACCACGCCUUCCAAGGCGCGCAACAGGCUGAAACGGCCGCGAACCGUAUUUGCAAAGUUCUCAAAGUCAACCAGGAGAACGAACGCCUAAUGGAAGAGUACGAACGUCUUGCCAGUGACCUCUUGGACUGGAUCCGUCGCACCAUGCCAUGGCUGAACAGCCGUCAGACCGACAACUCUCUUGCCGGGUGCCAAAAAAAACUGGAAGACUACCGUACUUACAGGCGUAAGCACAAGCCACCACGUGUAGAACAGAAGGCCAAACUGGAGACCAACUUCAACACCCUUCAGACCAAGCUUAGGUUGAGCAACCGUCCUGCGUACAUGCCCACCGAAGGCAAAAUGGUUUCUGACAUCGCUCAAGCAUGGAAGGGCCUAGAGAUCGCCGAGAAGGCAUUCGAGGAAUGGCUUCUCAGUGAAAUGAUGCGUCUCGAGCGACUCGAAUACCUCGCUCAGAAGUUCAAGCACAAGGCCGACAUCCAUGAAGACUGGACUAGAGGCAAGGAAGAGAUGCUACAGUCCCAGGACUUCCGUCAAUGUAAGCUCAACGACAUCAAAGCUCUCAAGAAGAAGCACGAGGCCUUCGAAUCCGACCUGGCCGCCCACCAAGAUCGUGUCGAGCAAAUCGCGGCCAUCGCCCAGGAGCUCAACACCCUCGAGUACCACGAGGUGGCGAGCGUGAACGCGCGUUGCCAGCGCAUCUGCUCGCAGUGGGACCGGCUCGGCGCGCUCACGCAGCGCCGCCGGCACGCACUCGACGACGCAGAGCGCGUGCUCGAGCAGAUCGACCUGCUGCAUCUCGAAUUCGCCAAACGCGCUGCACCAUUCAACAACUGGUUGGACGGAACUCGCGAAGAUCUCGUGGAUAUGUUCAUCGUUCAUACCAUCGAAGAAAUCUCAGGUCUCAUGGACGCUCACGCUCGCUUCAAGGCAACCCUCGGCGAGGCUGACAAAGAAUACCAGGCUAUCGUCAACCUGGUACAUCAAGUCGAAUCUAUUGUCAAGCAGCAUCAGAUCCCCGGCGGUUUGGAGAACCCAUACACCACUCUCACAGCUCAUGAGUUGAACCGCAAGUGGUCGGACGUGAGGCAGCUGGUGCCGCAGCGCGACGCGACGCUGGCAGCAGAGCUUCGCAAGCAACAGAACAACGAGAACCUGCGAAGGCAGUUCGCAGAAAAGGCCAACGCAGUCGGACCUUGGAUCGAGAGGCAAAUGGACGCCGUCACCGCCAUCGGAAUGGGUCUGCAGGGCUCUCUGGAAGACCAGCUGCGCAGACUUAAAGAAUACGAAGCUGGAGUGUACGCUUACAAGCCACACAUUGAGGAACUCGAACGCAUCCACCAGGCUGUCCAGGAAGGCAUGAUCUUCGAAAACAGAUAUUCACAAUACACAAUGGAGACUCUGCGCGUCGGCUGGGAACAGCUCCUGACCUCGAUCAACCGCACCAUCAACGAAGUGGAGAACCAGAUCCUCACCCGCGACUCCAAGGGUAUCACUCAGGAGCAAUUGACAGAGUUCCGCGCCUCAUUCAACCACUUCGACAAGAACCGCACAGGCCGUCUGCUGCCAGAGGAGUUGAAAUCGUGCUUAGUCUCCCUGGGUUACAGCAUCGGCAAGGACAGGCAAGGAGAACUCGACUUCCAACGUAUUCUUGCUGUUGUCGAUCCCAACAAUACCGGCUACGUGUCAUUCGAUUCGUUCCUGGACUUUAUGACCAGGGAGUCGACGGAUACCGACACCGCCGAACAAGUCAUUGACAGCUUCAGGAUCUUAGCUGGUGACAAGCCGUACAUAACGGCGGAGGAGUUGCGCCGCGAGCUGCCGCCCGACCAGGCGGAGUACUGCGUGGCGCGCAUGCCGCCGUACCGCGGGCCCGGCGCGCCGCCCGGCUCCCUCGACUACAUGGCCUUCUCCACCGCACUCUACGGCGAAACCGACCUCUAAGAUGCAGAGAGAAGGGGCCAUAUCAAAGGAUAUCAUCUUCAGCCGUGUCAUCAAUCAGAGAAGGCAUAAAAUGAGAAGACCCAAGUCACAUAGUCAUUCAAAUAUAUUAAAGAGGGCCAGAGAAGCGACAAUGGCGAAAUAAAAUAAAUUAAAAACUUUUUCCUACACUGACCAGACCUAUUCACGCCCUAAAUACUAUGGUCAAUGCAGAGUAAAAAUGUUUUUAAAGUAACCAUGCAGUUCUUUAAAUAUCAUGUGCAAUGUACAAACCAAAAAUGCCAUUCAUUUUUGUUCAGUAAUGUUAACCUUUGGCUCAAAUUGGAGAAAUCA